UUGUGUUUCAUAUCUUUAAUAAAAAAUAAAUAAAUAAUUGUAUGCUCGUUGGUUGUAUCUAUGGAACUAACUGUUGUUAUUGAUUGUAUUGAUUGUGAUUGUUUUGAAAUGUUCAGGGGAUUAAUCUUAAGUAGUUGAAUGGAAUUGAAUGAUGAAUUUAGUUUAAUGUCAAAGAUGGAAUUUGUUAAAAUACCAGUUAAGGAGGAGAUGGAACAGAAGCCAGUGGUUGAGAUGGAGUUUGUCAAGGUGGACAGCAUCAAGGAGGAGGUCGAGGAAGAGACUCCACUGGCUGGCGUCCAACCAGCUGCUGUGUGGCAGGAGGAGAUGGAACAGAAGCCAGUGGUUAAGAUGGAGUUUGUGAAGGUGGACAGCAUCAAGGAGGAGGUCGAGGAAGAGACUCCACUGGCUGGCGUCCAACCAGCUGCUGUGUGGCAGGCUGUGAAUAAUCCUGCUGUGGAGACUAGACAUCUAGCUGGAGUUUUCAGGACCAUAACUAACUAUAGCACUGAAGGUAGUGGGUAUCUCAAGCCUGAAUGUAAACCAGACAAUUAUAUACGAGCAGAAACUGCUACCUGUAGGUGUGUACUGAUGUCUGAUGCUUGCAUCAAGGUUUCAGCAGAUUGCAAGUGCCUUCAACACCAUCAACAGUUAUAUUCUUCAGACAAACAAGACAAUGGUGCUCUAGUUAUAAGACAAGAGUCACUGGUGGUUCCCUCGUCUCACACAAGUGAUAACUGCGAAGAAUCACUUGCACAGAAAACCAACCAGGCAUUUGAUAAUGUACAGCAGCAAGUCACUAAUAGCAUAAAACAUAAAGUUGCUUAUACCUUCACGUGCAAUAUAUGCAGCAGAACAUUCAAUAGAAAAAGUAAACUAUUUGAACACAACCGAUCUCAUACAGGGGAGCGUCCCUUCAAGUGUGAUCUGUGUAGUAAAUCAUUUACCAAGAAACAAGUACUUGAAAUACACAAAAGAAUACAUACAGGGGAGCGUCCCUUCAAGUGUGAAUUUUGUAGUAAGAAAUUUAAUUUAAAAAAUAGAUUUAUUGAACAUACCAGAUUACAUACAGGGGUGUAUCCCUUCACGUGUGAUGUGUGUAACAAAUCAUUUACUAGCAAAACAAUACUUGCUAAACAUAUUGUGUUUCAUCAAGAGGAGCGUCCAUUUAAGUGUGAAUUAUGUAGUAAGUCAUUUCAUUUUAAAAGUGAUCUUUUUGUACACAACGCGUUACAUACAGGAGAGCGUCCUUUCAAGUGUGAUUUGUGUAACAAAUCAUUUAAAAGAAAAACAUUACUUACUGCACACAACAGAUUACAUACAGGGGAGCAUCCCUUCAAGUGUGAUGUGUGUAACAAAUCAUUUACUAGAAAAAAUAUACUUGCUAGACAUAUAAUGAAACAUCAAGAGGAGCGUCCAUUUAAGUGUGAAUUAUGUAGUAAAUCAUUUCAUUUUAAAAGUGAUCUUCUUGUACACAACACGUUACAUACAGGAGAGCAUCCUUUCAAGUGUGAAUUAUGUAGUAAAUCAUUUCGUUGUAAAAACUAUCUGGCUGUACACACCAAGUUACACACCGAGGAGCAUCCCUUCAAGUGUGAUUUGUGUAACAAAUCAUUUAAAAGAAAAACAUUACUUACUGCACACAACAGAUUACAUUCAGGGGUGGCUUCCCUCCAAGUGUGAGCUGUGCAGUAAAUCAUUUAAUCACAAUGAUCUUAUCAAGCAUACCAUAAUGCAUACUGUGAGGAAUUUCUCUUUACCUCUAAAUAACUUAAACCCAUUCCUUCAAACACAUACAUGUUACCUAGUGCAGAUAUAAUUUACUGCACUUCAGAUGCAGAGUCAGUAUUUUGCAAGUGGUCAAUCUCAAGUAACAACCCUAGAGGAGCUGUAUCAGUUUAUUUUGUGGUUAUAGUUUGAGAAAGAAUGGGGAAGAAAUGCUGUACUACAUAUCUACCCGUACCUUUCUUAAUACACACUUCUUUUUGUUUUUUAACUUUUUUUUGCCACUUUGAUUUAGUUAUUUAAAGUCAGUUUUGUCUGACUGCUUGUGACCAACAUAUAUGUUGUUUGCGCGCUGUCUGUUUUUCUAUGUGUAUUGUUACAAUUAUUAGAUUAUAAAAAACAAUAAUAAUAGUCGUGGGAAAACUACUAGGUUCGUAAAUGGAUAGCACAAUUAAAGUUUUUACAACACAGUUAUUGAUUACCAAUAUUUACAUCACUAAAAAUAAUAUUCUGAAAAUGCCUUAUAAUGAAUUACACUUAAAAAAUGUUUAUUCCCCAGUCACUCGGUUUUUACACACAGCUCACCUUGUGGACCUCCGCCGCCGCCGUCGCACUUCCCUUCGCCGAGGAUCCGCUCGACGCUUCUCUCGGAACACUGCUCGGGACUCUCGCCGGACCUGCAGCACUAUUGCUGCGGGAAAACUCCCGAAUGCCGGCAUCCUGGGCUUACAUAGGCGCCACUUCUAGAAUUCAAGAACGUGGCUGGGGCUAGUCGCGUCAUUCCGUGCCGACCCAACACCAGAAUUAUAGAGACAGGCGUCGGCAGCUCGCGCGACGCCCGUGGAACUCCCCAGCUGCAAGGUGUCAGGUUAACAGCGCCGAGGCAGAGCGCCGCGCGGGGAGUGGAGGGGGGGAAGCGACGACCCUUGCAAUCCACCAGGCGCGCGGCACGUCUCACGUCAGCGGCCGUGCGGGGCCCCCUAUCAGCUCCGAACCCACGCGCGCCACGGCCAUGGUGUAAGGAAGGGGAGGUGAAACCGUGCGCUUUUUCCCCCCUCCACCCACUCUCUUGCUUCGUCACCUUGGUUGUAGCCAGCGCUCUUCUUCCAGGCGCUUCCCAUCCAUUUCAUCUGCGUCUCGUGCGACCCUUCUUUAUUGUUAGUGCUUACAUGAUCCUGAGUGCUCUUAUGUAGCUGUGCAGUGUUCGGAUGUCACAAUCAUUUCUAAAAGACUCAGAUUCUGGCAUAAAAUAUAUUUCUUUUCCAAAAAAUGAAGAUCUUUGCAAUAAAGUGGGUGAACGUAUGCAAAAGGAAGGACAAAUUCUGUGUUAGCAGAGUUAAGUUUAAACAAUCAUGAUUUUAAGUAAAAAUGUCACUUGUUUUAUAAUACAAGUAUUUUUUUUGUAUGAUUAACUAUAGGUUAAUAUUAGGUCAAGGAAUAUAUUUCGUGCAAAAUACUGAGUUAUUACGUAUCUAUAAUAAUAAAUCUUUUCGCUGUAAAAAGGUUAUUUAUUGAAUGAAUUUAUUAAAAAUGAAAUGUAAACGUAUAUAUACACAUUAAUAAAAAGUCAAAUCAAUUGAUUUUAUAAUGUUUGUGUGUUCGGACAUCAGCGAGAACUACAGAAUUUAUUUCAAUUUAACUUUUUUUCUUGUGUGUUAUAGAACUAACCUAAACACUAGGUUGUGUAGCAUUAAUAAAGGGGGCAAAAUAUUUCAUCAAUGCAUGUAAACAAAUCAAAUGAAAUAGGAAUGUGAACCCCCUAUACAUCAAAAAGAAAUGUGCGCAUUUCUUCUAUUGUUCAAAAUGUUCUCUUUAAUGGAGUGGGGAGGACAUAUGAUGUCAUUACAUUUAAAUAUAUUUAAGUAUACACGCAAAACCGUGAGAUAAGAAUUCUAAAAUAUACAAAAAAGAAACAGGCUACACAGUAGCGUAACCAGGAUUUGUAAAAGUUUGGAUUUUAAGGUGUAAAAUAGUGCUAUUUAAGCAGUUUUCAGUACUUAACUUUAAAUAUUGUAAUGGUAAAAGUAUUAUUAAUUUUUUAAUAAAAAAAUUGUUUUAGUGAUGAAGUAAGAAAUUAAUUAAAGAUAUUUUAAUCAAUCCAAGUGCCUUGUCCACGUCCACUCAAAAUCAUAAAUCAUGCUCGAAGCAUGACUAUACAAAAUAAAAAAGGAAUAAAAAUGGUUGGGUUUUGGCAGAACUGGGCUAUUCCUGGAAACAAUUAGCUUUAGCUUGAAGAGUUACCCAGUCACCACCUGCUUAUAAUUACCGCGCUGGUUAAAUACAAUAGGUGUAAGAUAUUUGAAAACUUGGGACCUGUCACGGCGCCACAACCUUAUAGCUUCUGCUCGCGACAGGGGUAGGGGAAGGGAAGGAGAAUCGCCAGGGCUCGCUUACUCUUCCCCUCCAGUGCAGUGGCCGGUGAUAGCAGUAAGACACCCAGGCUUUUAGCUAACCUGCUUUCAGAUAAGAAAAAAAAAUGGCUAAGGGGGAGGGGGGGGGGUUAAAACCCCUAAAACCCCCAUCCCCUGGCUACGCCCCUGGGCUUACAUACAACCGCUUUUGAAAUUUGAGGCCUAAUAUAUAUUUUUUAAUGAAUUCGUAUAGGCUUUGGAAGAAUUUAAUUUUUAUUUCAUUACAAUAUGUAUUUAACAUAUUAAUGUUAAUGCAAAAUACCGCUCAAAAUGUGGUGCGUUAAAGUGAAUUACUUUUCUAGUUACAUAUGAUGAUACUGAUUUUAAUAAUAUGUUAGUUUCCUAAAGGUAUUUUAAGAUUUCAGCAUUACAAUCUGCUUGUGUUGUUUGUGUUAUGUUGUUGGUUUAUACACAAUAAUGAAAAUUAACGUACAUGAAUUCAUUGUUAUCUAAUUUUGUCUUUGCCAAUUUUUCCAUUUAAGCAUUUAGAUAAUGGUACAAUUUUGUUUCGUCUCUCCGUGUAAGAGUUUGUUUAUUUACGUCUUAAAUAGCAUUUAACGCGUUAAAAAAAACUGACUUUUUAAAUACUUAAAAAUUACUAUCACAUUAUAUUAUAUGUAAAGUUGAUAAUAGUCAGUUUAAAAACAUUGGACUAAUGAAUUUGUACUUAAAAAAUUUGUAAUGCCUGCAAGCUGUUUUUUGCUGAAUAAGGUAGAGCUAUUUGGUUUAAUAAUAAAUGUUUUAAAUAUUUUUUUAAAUAUACCUAUUUUCUAUCAUUAUUUAUCCUUUUGUUUAUUGUUUGUAACUAAAUAAAAUUAAAAUUUGUAAAUAAAUGGAAAGCGCUUAUGUUUAUGUAAAGUACAAAUAAGUAUUUAUAGAAACUUUGUUUUGUGUCAGAUGCGUUUUUGUUGUUGUAAUGUGUGUGUAUAUUAUUCUUUGUCGCCUGCAUCCUGAAUGUUUAUUAUCUCUAUUUUAUUAAUAUUCAUAAUAAAUAUUGUCGAAGUAUAUUAAUUCCAAAAUUCAUUACCAUUCUGUGUCGUUUUAUGUAAAAUAAUUUUUUUUUUUCAACAGUGCUGACAUUUAUGGCCAUUGCGGUAUCUAGAUAAAUACAAUACCCAGUCAACAUUUUGAAGUGAUGAAACAGCCGAAAAAUAUUGCUUCGUUAAUUUUAUUAUUAAUAUAAACCCUGUGUUUUGAUACUAAUAUAUUUAUUUAAACUGUAUGUUCUAAAUGCAUGCUAUGCUGUGCACAUAGCAAAUUAUUUUGACUCUUACUAUUCAAACGAUUGUAAAUGCACUGUCUGUGCGUGGUAUUCCCGUAAGCGCGCUGCGUGUAGACCGGGCGGUGCGACCAAGGUGACGCAGUGCGCAGUGGAGGACGAGUUUGGGCGGCUGGACGGUUUCACCUCCCCUUCAUUCCACCAUGGCCGCGGCCCUGCUUACGUUCGUAACAUUGUGUACAUUUAUGAUAUCUUUUAAAAAUUUAUACAAAAUGUAUACUAUUUAAAUAAAUAUAUUAAUUACAUAGAAUUUAGCAUUACAUUAAAGAUUGAAAUUAACAAGUUGACAUAGGUUUUUUAACAGAGAAAUUAUAGUCUUUUAAGCACUUUGACUGCUACGAUACACGUAAUAUAAUUUUAGUAAAAGAGAUGUCUUAUAAAUUUAUAAGUUUGUAUUUAAUUUACAAAUAAACAUAAAAUAUGUGCUUGAUAACCCAAAUUCUUAAAAUAUAAUAAUAGUCGUAUUGCUUUUACGAUCAAAAUAUGAUUAUAUUAUCAACACUGUUAUAUUAGGACUAUGUCAAAAACAGAAGAACAAAUGCGUAACAUUUAGGAAACCAUAACUGAAGUAAUCUGUUUUAUGUUUUUCUUUAGUGAUUCUUGAGCUUCUUUUACAAAGUUAGGCUCUCGCGCCUUUAGUCUUCGUGUAAUUAAUGGAUCUGCUAUCUCUGGAAGCAAGCACUCUGCAAGAAAUGGUUGUAGCUUUGAAAGCAUGAAUUUUUCCCAAAUUUCUUUGUCAAACAAGAUUUUUUCAUCAUGGAAGUAAUUUUUCGUAUAAACUACAAAGUCGUAAUAUUUCCUACUGCAGACUCCUAGUUGUCCUUGAAUCUGGUAAUAAAAAAAAUUGGUGGGUUUUCUUUAAACGCAAACCUCCAAGUUUUUCUUACAUGUUGCCAUCACCCGGCCUCUGUAGAGGGCCCGGAAAGUACCUGACGGGUGCUACGGGCAUCGCGGUGCUGCUGUUGUCCGGGGAGGCGCCAGGCUAGUGAAACACUAGGCCGUUGAUGGUGGGUCGUGGGUACUCUGUCCCCGCGUGCCCCGCCAGGUAUGCGGCUUGAAGUCUACCCUGAAAUCCCCUGAGGCCGCUCGGCCGUGUGGAGGACAAGGUGGCGCUAAAUAAUUGUAAGCGACACUGGUUAUGUUGAUUUAUGUUUAAUUAACAGACUUUUCCGGUGGUACGCAUGGGUACGCGGUACUCCCUAUGCGUACUCUACACAGUGGCAGAACCGCUACAAACACUACGCGAAUGUGCUAUGCGGCGUCUGAGCCGUUGUACAGUUACAUGAACGUAAGUUACUUACAGAACAAAACACGACACUAAUAUCACACAAUGAACUCACCGCGGCAGUCUCGCGGGGCGCGGUUACGAGUGUUCUGGAGGCGGCCAGUACCGAAAGUUAACUGUUUUAGGGUGGCUCAGUGAGCGUGACCUUAAAUUACACCUUACACUUACUUAUGGUUGCAGCCGGCAGGCGUAUGCGCGGUGGUUUAUCGAAAGCGUGUUGGCUGGAGACGGCCACUGCCGUACGUGGCGGGGUUCGCGACGCGGUGCAGAACCACUAACGAAGGCGGUCAGGAUGUGUCCCUGCCCCCAAAAUACACGCCGAGUCGACGUGAGCUGCUAUGAAAUAAAAGAAAAGGUUUAGGUAUUAAAAUUAUUGCAGAAUGAACGAUCUGUGAAACAAAAGUGAAAGGCUGCUCACGGACACACGUCUUGAACCGGCGCGGAGUGGUCGGAGACUGCCCAACAUGGCUUCCUCGCAAGGGAGGGGAAAUUUCACCUCCUUUGUGAGUCGGCGCCAAAAACUUGCAUUAACUUAAUUUCCUCUA